CCGUCGCCCGCCCCGCCGCUGAGGCCGGGCGCCCACCAUGCGGUGGGCCGCGGCGCCCCGCUCUGCCUGGCUGCUGGCGCUCUGCGCGCUUGUGCCGCGCCUCGCAGGUCUCAACAUGUGCACUAGUGGAAGUGCCUCCUCCUGUGAAGAGUGUCUGAUGAUCCACCCAAAAUGUGCCUGGUGCUCCAAAGAGGUCUUCGGCAGCUCUCGGUCAGUCACCUCCCGGUGUGACCUGAGGGCCAACCUCAUCCAGAGUGGCUGUGGCAGUGAGAUCGAGAGCCCGGCCAGCAGCACACGGAUCCUGCGAAGCCUGCCUCUCAGCAGCGAGGGCUCUGGUGUGGUGGGCCCUGAUGUCAUUCAGAUGGCGCCGCAGGAGGUGGCCGUGGACCUCCGGCCUGGUGACCAGACGACGUUCCAGCUGCAGGUCCGCCAAGUGGAGGACUAUCCCGUGGACCUGUACUACCUGAUGGACCUUUCCCUGUCAAUGAAGGAUGACCUAGUAAAUAUCCGGAGCCUGGGCACCACGCUCGCUGAAGAAAUGAGGAGGCUCACGAGCAACUUCCGAUUGGGUUUUGGGUCUUUUGUUGACAAGAACAUUUCUCCUUUCUCUUAUACCGCACCAAGGUACCAGACCAAUCCAUGCACUGGUUACAAGUUAUUUCCUAACUGCGUCCCCUCCUUUGGGUUCCGCCAUCUGCUGCCUCUCACAGACAGAGUCGACAGCUUCAAUGAGGAGGUUCGGAAACAGAGGGUGUCCCGGAACCGCGAUGCCCCUGAGGGAGGCUUUGAUGCAGUGCUCCAGGCAGCUGUCUGCAAGGAGAAGAUCGGCUGGCGUAAGGAUGCGCUGCAUUUGCUGGUGCUCACCACAGACGAUGUGCCCCACAUCGCGCUGGAUGGGAAGCUGGGGGGCCUGGUGCAGCCACAUGAUGGCCAGUGCCACCUGAGUGAUGCCAACGAGUACACCGCGUCCGACCAGAUGGACUAUCCAUCCCUUGCCUUGCUUGGAGAGAAGUUGGCAGAGAACAACAUCAACCUGAUCUUUGCUGUGACAAAGAACCACUAUAUGCUCUACAAGAACUUUACAGCCUUGAUACCUGGAACCACGGUGGAGAUUUUACAUGGAGACUCCAGAAAUAUUAUUCAACUGAUUAUCAAUGCAUACAGUAGUAUCCGGUCUAAAGUGGAGCUGUCCGUCUGGGAUCAGCCUGAGGAUCUUAACCUCUUCUUCACUGCCACCUGCCAGGAUGGCCUUUCCUACCCCAAUCAGAGGAAGUGUGAGGGCCUGAAGAUCGGAGACACUGCAUCCUUUGAAGUGUCAGUGGAGGCCUGGAGCUGCCCCAGCAGACACACUGAGCACACGUUCACUCUGCGGCCUGUGGGCUUCCGAGACAGCCUGCGGGUGGUGGUCACCUACAAUUGCACGUGCAGCUGCAGCACAAGGCUGGAGCCCAACAGCACCAGGUGCAGCAGGAAUGGGACUUAUGUCUGUGGCCUGUGUGAGUGUAACCCCAGCUACCUGGGCACCAGGUGUGAGUGCCAGGAGGGGGAGAACCAGAGCGUGUACCAGAACCUGUGCCGGGAGGCGGAGGGCAAGCCGCUGUGCAGCGGGCGCGGUGAGUGCAGCUGCAACCAGUGUUCCUGCUUUGAGAGUGAGUUCGGGAAGAUCUACGGACCUUUCUGCGAGUGUGACAACUUCUCUUGUGCCAGAAACAAGGGCGUCCUCUGCUCAGGCCAUGGAGAGUGUCACUGUGGAGAAUGCAAGUGCCACGCAGGUUACAUCGGGGACAACUGUAACUGCUCCACAGACAUCAGUACGUGCCGGGCUAAGGACGGGCAGAUCUGCAGUGACCGUGGGCACUGUACCUGUGGGCAUUGCCAGUGCACAGAACCUGGGGCCUUCGGGGAGACGUGUGAGAAGUGCCCGACCUGCCCGGAUGCUUGCAGCACCAAGAGAGAUUGUGUGGAGUGCUUGCUGCUCCACGCCAGGAACCCUGACAACCAGACCUGCCACCACCUAUGCAAGGAUGAGGUGAUCACAUGGGUGGACUCCAUCGUCAGUGAUGAGCAGGAAGCUGUGCUCUGUUUCUACAAGACGGCCAAGGACUGCGUCAUGAUGUUCACCUACGCCGAGCUGCCCAGCGGGAAGUCCAACCUGACAGUGCUCAGGGAGCCAGAAUGUGGAGCCGCCCACAACGCCAUGACCAUUCUGCUGACUGUGGUUGGCAUCACCCUUCUGAUCGGGAUUGGACUCCUGGCCCUCUGGAAGCUGCUCGUCACCAUCCAUGACCGAAGAGAGUUUGCGAGGUUCCAGAGUGAGCGCUCCAGAGCCCGCUACGAGAUGGCCUCGAAUCCCCUAUACAGAAAGCCCAUCUCGACACACACCAUGGAUUUUACCUUCCACAAGUUCAACAAGUCCCACAGUGGCACAGUGGACUGAUAGCUCCUCCUCCUAGAAGGCUAGAGGGGACGAGGACAGGGCCAGCCUGGAAUGCCCAGGUCAGCUCCUGGCUUGGUCACAGCUCUCUAGAUAUUCAAGCAGGACAAGGAGCCCACUGCCACACAGAGGGGACCUGGGCAUGCCACCUGGCUGCUAGGCCACAGCCACACUUGGCUGCCUCUCCUCCACA